GCCUUGAAUCCUUGAAGCUCGAAGCAUGGAAGCCCAGCUCGCGAGAAGAUGAGCUGAAGACCUGGCGCGAAUGGAGCUUUCAGCUGAGCACUUGGCUGAUUGCCCACGACGAGGAGUAUGAGUCCGAUUUGGAUUCUAUUGAUGUUGAUGUGGCUGUGGACCACGCGCUGCUGGAUGGGCCAGCCGUGGCGCGGUCGCAGAAACUGUUUGGUGUGCUUUGCAAUGUGCUGCGAAACAGGCCCUUGCUCAUCGUUCGGGCCCAGGAGAAGGAGAAGAACGGCUUCGAGUGCAUCCGUCUGCUGCGCCGGGAGAUGGAGCCAAAGGAGCGAUCACGCUCUUUGGCGAUUGUCCGCCAGUUGGCGGCAUGGACCUUCAAGGAAGGGAACCUCCACGAGCAGAUCAUAGCCUAUGAGGACGCGGUCAUGGGCUAUGAGAGUUCUUCGGGUAAGUCGUACCCGGAAGACCUGCAGAUCGCUACGAUCACCAGCGGUCUCAAGGAGCCCCUUCGAAGCCAGGUGCAGCUGAGGAUGACAAGCAGCGCGCGGUACUCUGACCUCAGGGAAUGGGUGCUGCGCUACGAAGCUAUCAAUACCCCUUGGUCCUCCUCGUUGCCUACCCGACCUGGCGGCAGGGCCCAGGACCACGGGCCGGCGCCCAUGGACAUCGACCGCAUCAAGGGCAACAAGGGCAAGGACUGCAAAGGCAAGGGGAAGGGCGACAAAGGCAAGAAGGGCAAGGGCAAGGACGGCCGACCAGUGGAAGUGGAACGGCCAGACCGACCAGUGGAAGUGGAGCAGCCAAGGAAAGGGCGGCAAAGGUGGAGGAAAGGGAAAGCCCGGGACAUGCCACCUGUGCGGCACUGGAAGAAUGAGUGUCCCACCAAGGGCGGCAAGGGAGUUCGACAGGUGGAGGAAGCGAGCAACCUUGGCGGCAGCUGGGGUUCCAACCAGAGCGCGGCCUCCACGAGCGCGAGUGCGGUCAGGACGCCCUCGACGGUGAACCAGGUCUCGGCCGUGAGGUUUGAGGAGAUAAGCACCAGGCUGGGCACACCGCCCCAGGGCUACGACACGGUGAUCUAUGACAUGACUGAGCUAGACAGCGACCCGGGCGAGUUCAGCCUGGAAGGCCUCAACAUCAUGGUGGUGAGGGCGGCCAAGGACCCAGAGCAUUACUCGCUGGACAGCUCUGACGGUGACGACGAGUGGACCUACAGCCCGGAAGCAGCCGAGGAGGAACUGAGGCAGAGAGGGGCUGGGGUCUUCAUGGUCAAGGCGACCCGGGCAGAUGCAACGCAGACCGCCAUUGUCGUGGACAGUGGUGCCGACAUCUCGGUGGCACCCUUGAGGUUCAGGCGACACGGCGCGCCGCAGCCGCCGUCGGGAGUGCAGAUGCAAGACGCCCAGGGCAAGCAGAUUGUGGAGGAUUGCACCCGGGCGCUCACUAUUACCACGCGAGCUAAUGACGGCAAUGAG